UACAACCUUUGGAUGUACUGGACGGUUCUCAGUUGGUGUGAGCUGCGGGCGCGGAUGGGUGCAGGAGUCCAUCUCCUCUUGCUGUUGCCUCACUUUUGUCUCAAAGCGUUUUUCUUUCCCUUAAACAUCUCAACGAGACGAGUGCUAGACACGAGACACUUCUCGGCGUUUUUAAAGGACAAUUUCUGACUAAAGAGAAUCUAAAAGCUGAUUUGUGUGGAUGUCAGGGGUCGUCCUAUCAGAUUCGCAGACGCAACAAUCGCGACUUAACACGGGGAAGGUCCAGUCUGAAGUGAGGGGUCACUGAGCUCAGACACUCUCCCUCUAUUGACCCAAAACUACACUCACAGGGGAUUAUCAAAACACACACAGAAGAAUCUCCACAACCACACAUUCACAUUUCACCCAAAAACUUUUGGGUACGCACACAGUCAUCUGUGCAUAAACACAUACACACCUUCACACGCAGGCCCUCUGAGCAGGAUGGGGGAACCCUGGAGGUGCCUGCUGGGCCUGUGCCUUCUGGCAUGCUCAGCCUCCACCCACAGUGCCAUCAAUCCCUUCGCAGGACAGCAAACCCCUCCAGACCCUUGCUAUGAUGACACAGGUGCAGCCCGCCGCUGUAUUCCCGAGUUUAUAAACGCGGCCUUCGGCAAAGAGGUGAUGGUGUCGAGCGUCUGCGGUCGACCGCCAUCCCGCUCCUGUAGUGCGGUGGAGCGGGGCGAUGAUAGACCGUCUGUACGCACUUGCCAAAUCUGUGAUGCAGCUGACCCACGCCGUGCCCAUCCUGCUUCCUACCUCACUGACCUCAACUCAGCCCACAACCUUACGUGCUGGCAGUCGGAGAAUCUGAACACCUCGCCGUACAACGUGACUUUGACACUUUCACUAGGCAAAAAGUUUGAGAUCACUUACGUCAGCCUACAGUUUUGUUCACCAAGACCUGAGUCUUUGGCCAUUUACAAGAGCAUGGACUACGGCAAGACCUGGAUGCCCUACCAGUUCUACUCCUCACAAUGCCGACGCAUGUACAAUAAGCCCAACAAAGCGACCAUUACCAAGCAGAACGAGCAGGAGGCUCUGUGCACAGAUGGACACACUGACCUCUACCCGCUUUCUGGAGGACUCAUUGCCUUCAGUACUCUGGAUGGACGACCCUCUGGCAAGGACUUUGACAACAGCCCAGUUCUCCAGGACUGGGUGACUGUCACAGAUAUCCGUGUGGUCUUCAGCCGGCCCCAGCUACCCCGGGAGCUGGCACUGGGGGCUGGAAGCAACAGCGGAGGGAGGGACGAUGAUCCAACAGCAGUGACAUCAACUUUGCCAACUUAUUUCUAUGCAGUGGGAGACUUCCAGGUGGGCGGGAGGUGUAAAUGCAAUGGACACGGCUCACGCUGUGUGAAAGAUAAAGAAGGCAAACUGGUGUGUGACUGCAAGCACAACACAGAGGGACCUGAAUGCGACCGCUGUAAGCCCUUCCACUACGACCGGCCAUGGCAGAGGGCCAACGCCCGCGAGGCCAAUGAGUGUCUACCAUGCAACUGUAACCUCCACGCCCGCCGCUGUCGAUUCAACAUGGAGUUGUAUAAGCUGUCAGGGAGGAAGAGUGGAGGGGUCUGCAUGAACUGCCGCCAUAACACCGCAGGCCGCCACUGCCAUUACUGCAAGGAGGGCUUUUACAGAGACUUGGCCAGACCUAUCACUCACCGACGAGCCUGCAAGGCCUGUGACUGCCACCCUGUGGGUGCCGCUGGCAAGACGUGCAACCAGACCACGGGCCAGUGCCCCUGCAAGGACGGUGUCACCGGCAUCACCUGCAACCGCUGUGCUAAGGGCUACCAGCAGAGCCGCUCACCUGUGGCUCCGUGCAUCAAAAUCCCCGUGGUCAACCCUACAGCUGUGGUGAGCAGCACAGAGGAACCAGCAGACUGUGAGACCUAUUGUAAACCAGUGAAGGGCAAUCUGAAGAUCAACAUGAAGAAAUAUUGCAAGAAGGAUUAUGCUGUCCAAGUGAAUGUGCUCGACAUGGAGACCGUGGGGGACUGGGCCAAAUUCUCAGUGAAUGUGGUGUCGGUGUACAAGAGUCGUGGCGAGCCCUUAAAGCGAGGAGACAACAUCCUGUGGGUGCACAUGAAAGACCUCGCCUGCAAAUGUCCCAAAAUCCAGAUGAGCAAACGCUUCUUGGUGAUGGGCGGCAGUGACGGCGGAACAGGCCCAGGAGUGGGUCCAGGUGUUGGACCUGGCGCUGGUGCAGCCAGUCCAGGUGCAGAGCGUGUGGGCCUUGUGGCUGAUAAGAACAGCCUGGUGAUCCAGUGGAGGGACGUUUGGACGAGACGCUUGAGGAAGUUCCAGCGCAAAGAGAAGAAGGGAAAGUGCAGCAAAGCGUGAUGGGAAAGCAGUUGAUCCCUACCUCUCCCUCCAUCAUAAACCUUUACCACCCCCCGAACCCCUUCUUUUCCCAUUUGAAUCCUCUGUUUCCACCAUCAUGGGAACUCUGCACAUUAGAAAGACUGCAUGUACCCUACCUGAUUUAAGGACCACGUUUUGUGUAUAUUGUAUAAUUAUUUUCCUUCUUAUUUUUCAAGUAUUGACUUUGUAAUGUCUUUUUUGACAAUUGGUUUGCCUUAAAAAGGGACCAUUAAAAAGGGUAUGAAGUGUAAAAGCAAACGCCAUUCCCUCUGCGACGACAGCGGAAAUGUCCACUCGUCCACCAUCUCCAAUCCCCUGACCCUCCGCUUCCUCUUCCUCCUGUCAUACUGACUGUCUCCUGCCACUUUGUUUGACACAUAAUGUAAGCGCUCACACUUCACAUGCAUCUCUGAGGAUUUUAUUCGACAGUGUUUGCAACUUCGGAGACUGGCUGGUUUCAACAAAAGACAAGCUGCAUCUCCUCAGCUAGGCCUCAUCGCGUUUCACUUUUGAAACAAACACAGCUUGGAUCAGAAUCACCUGACAAGCUUUCAACAUUUGCUGUUAAAAUGUUCUGUGCUGUUCACAAAUGGGCCUACUUGUUCCAGGUCUCUGCAGUAACUUCUACAGACUGUUACUUUAAAACUGUUGUCCCGUGUGGAACCAAGGGCUCCCUUUGCAGGGACAUUUUCCACAGCAAACCUCAGUCUCACCACCACUGCUGCUGCCACCAAACAUCCCUCACAGAAUAAACUGCUCAUGUAGGCCGUUAUAUCUGCAACGUUUUGAUGCCACUGCUCAUAUUACAGUUUGUAUUCGUCAAGUGUUUUAUCACAUCCAUCCAUAUCCUUAUUUGAGAUAUAUCUUGUUUUAUCUUAAGCAGGAUAAACCCUGUUAGCAUCAUGAGUCACAUUCCAGCCCUCCGGGGUUGUGCCUCUUCACCACCAGUCCCUCUCACCAGUGGUUUGUAAAGUCAUGCAUCACCAUCAUGACUCUUUGCUUGUCACAUUUUAUGGAAGACAGAUUAAGCGUUGUGGACAAAUGGCUGGAACUUCAGAACAAUACCAAUAUUUCCAAGGAGACAUUUCGCUUUAUGGAUAAUGUCUCCGCCCUCUAGAUGUUGCUGUGUGGCCAAUGUCGUGACUUUGUAUUUAAAUGUCUGAACAUUUUCCUGAUGUGUCCAGUGACUGGCAGGCUUUUGUUUGCCAAAAUAAGAAACUGAAACAAGAGUUCCUUUUCAUGCAGUAAAAAGAAAACCAAGGCGGAUAAACAACAUAGUUGUGUUUUUCUCGAGCAUAUUUUGACAAAAUGAAUGAGGCUGGAAAGUUUUUAGUGCUCACUGAUUGUAUUCUGACAUGAGAGGAUCAUAUAACAUUCCUCAUGUGCUUUGUUAUGUUUGCAUGUUUGUGGGUUUUUACUGGUCCAUCAAAACCUGACAGUGAGCAGACUAAGACCUUAAAACCAAUAUGAGCAUUGAGAUCCAAAGGAAAACCUCCCAAAUCAUCUUCCCCCCACUUGCCUACCCUAACACAGUCCUUGUCAUCCUUUGCCAAAUAAGCAUAGUCAGUUUUUGAAUUCAAUUAAGACACUAUGGAAGUCAAGACCAACUGAAACCACAGAGAGACCCGUCUGGUUGCUCUCAACCUUUUUAUCUGCCUGUUGCUGUUAUUUCAUUUUGUAAAGCACAUUACAAUUUAUUUAAAUAGAGUACAAGAUAAACACAGAGUUUUGAGGGGCGUAUCAAGCCAGCGUAGAAGUGAGUGUGCCGGCAGGCAUGUCAAGCUAGUUUGUGGUUAUGCUCCUCUGGCUGCGGUGGUAUGUUUGGUUUGUCAUCCAUCCAAAAAUGUCUCUCUUCUGCACUCUUCUCUGUCAGCCACCUCCUCAAACGUUCUCUUUAACCCUUUGUGCAUGUUGUGUAUUCAGUGUUUUAGAUAAGUGGCAGCUCAGAACGAGGCUGCCAGAACUCUUCAGUGGUGUACUGUACUGCACUGUACUUCUUGUUUUCCCAUCUUCCCAGAAUGUAUGUCAAACUGUGAAGAACACACUCAUGCAGGUGUAUGGUCUGAAUGUUUUUGUAAAAUACUGUCACCAAGCUUAAGAAUGUGGACAUCAUGACAUCUGCUGAUGUUAUAAACUAUGAACAGGUUUAGAUGUUGUUGACAGACUGAUGAUAUUCAUGUUUUUUUGUCCAAUAUUGACACUUUUAUAAUCUAAUCCAAAAACAACCAUGUAACCAAAAUGAGUUAUCACCCACUGUGAUUUCUGGUGUGAACACAACCUUUUUUGAUACGUCAAAAUUCCCACGGUUGGAAUACCACAAAAAUGCAGAACCAAAUAGUCAAUCAUUUGUGCGUUGGCUGUAUUAUCCGGCCUGUCAGACAGGUGGUGUGACAGUAGCACCAGUGUCCUUGUCAUGGUAUGUAUAGUGUGCCACAUUAUGAUAGAUAAGUCUGAGGCCUCAUCGGUGCUCAACACUCUUUAGGGUGUCACUGCAGUGUCCUUGAAUCUGGACUUUCAUGGAACGCACAAACUUCCUCUUUUCUUACUAUUGGCUUGGUUUUCCUUUGGUGCCCACCCUGAAUGUUUGAAUGAAGAUAAGAAGUGAGCCAGAUGUUGUUCUGGGGGUGGAGGUGUAGUCUUGUGAAAGCUCUUUAGUGAGCCUCAUAGGGAGAGCCGCCCUGUUGUUUUACCUUGCUUUGCCCAGCCACCUCCUUUUGUAGAAUUUAUAGCAUUCACAGGUGUGUGUGUGUGUGUGUGUGUGUGUGUGUGUGUGUGUGUGUGUGUGUGUUUGUCUAAUUAACCCUACCCAAGUAAACAAGUGAUAUGCACAUGAACUCAGCAUGCAGAGAGGGGAGAUCACUCCUAUUUGAAGGCAGCCUUUUUUUUCUUGCCACUCUUUAUGGUUUGUAUUACGAAAGAUAAAGAACUGCCAUCCACACCAUCCUGGCCUGUUUAUUUUUUUGUAUGUUUCACUUUCAUCAUGCCGUCUUUGCAUCCUGUUCAUUAAGUCUUGACCCAUUUUUUUAUUGUUGUAAAUAUGUACUGAACUGCCUCUGCCAAUCAUGACUUGGCCCUGGAUGAGUCACGUGUAUGGAUGUACAAACCAGAUGAUGUUGUAUGGAUGUAGAAACCAGAAACAUAUGCUUUUGUGAUCACCACAAGAAGAUGUGGUUCAAAUAUUACACAGAAUGUAGUCCUUUUAGGAUUUAUGUUGUUUCCAGAAAACUACCGCCCAAUUACAAAUGACUGAGGAGAAUCGAGUGAAAAAUGUGACAGGACCCUUUCCAACAGGAGGAACCAACACAAAAAUCCCACCCACCAAUUUUUCUUUGAAUGUCCUGAGAAUUAUCUUUCACUUACUUUCACAGAAAUAGUCAUCCAGCCUUCCUUUUGGAACAAAGGGAUUCUUCCCUCAUUUCAGCCCAGCCCUUCAUUUCUGUUAUAUCAACGUUUUCCUUGUACAUUUUCCUCCGAGGCAAUGAACCACUGACUUUUUAAUCUAAAUGACAAAAAAAUAAAUUAUUAGUUAAUGA